UUUCUUUUGGUUACAUUUUGGGGAGGAUCAAACUAUUCUUCUUGCUUGAUCUAUGGUGGAUGACCUAUUAUAUUCUAAUAUUACCCCGAUGCGAAUUCUGUUGAUUAAACAGGUUAUCAAACCUAUGUUUCUAGGCUCCCCUAAAUUCCAUUACCGAACACAGUAUUUUCCAAGGAGCUUGAUCAUCCAACUUCACAAGGAGAAGGGGCUUCCAGGUUCCAGAUAACAGCUAGCUUCUGGUUGUCAAACAACCCGUAAAUAAACUGAGCAGUUCGUGAUUUUGGGUAUAUCUCUAUCCUCCUCUCCCAGUUCCAGGCUCUUGGAAGUUGGAAGCCAGUCAGUUUUUAUGGCUCUGGCUAGAAUCUUUCGAAGUGGGCACCGAUUGUUGAGACCAUCUUUUGCAACGCAAAGUGUUCAAAGGCUAGUAAGUGCCAUUGGUUCAGAUAAUAAGAAUAGGGUUCAUGGAAGAAGGCCAUCAAUUGAUGGAGUUAAGGAUAUCAUAGCUGUAGCUUCUGGGAAAGGUGGUGUAGGCAAGUCCACUACUGCAGUGAAUUUGGCUGUUGCACUUGCCAUGGAGUGUCGAUUGAGGGUGGGUUUGCUGGAUGCUGAUGUGUAUGGACCAUCCAUUCCUACCAUGAUGAAGCUCCAUGGAAAGCCAGAAGUGAGUAAAGAUAUGAAGAUGAUCCCUAUUGAAAACUAUGGAGUGCGAUGCAUGUCAAUUGGAUUUUUGGUAGAUAAAGGUGCUCCAAUUGUAUGGAGAGGCCCCAUGGUUAUGAGUGCUCUACAAAAAUUGACCAAGGGGGUUGCAUGGGGAGAUCUGGACAUUCUUGUUGUGGACAUGCCUCCUGGUACUGGGGAUGCUCAGCUGUCCAUGUCGCAGAAUUUGCAAUUAUCGGGCACAUUGAUUGUUUCAACUCCACAGGACAUUGCGUUAUUGGAUGCCAGGAGAGGUGCAAACAUGUUUCGUAAAGUUGAAGUUCCUAUAUUGGGACUGAUAGAGAACAUGAGCUGCUUCAAAUGUCCACAUUGUGGUGAGAAAUCAUAUAUAUUUGGACAGGGAGGUGGUAGGCAUACAGCUGAUGAAAUGGAUAUGAAAUUCCUAGGAGAGGUACCCCUAGAUGUGGAAAUUAGGAGAACUUCAGAUGAAGGGACUCCUAUUGUUUUCUCGUCACCUCAUUGUGGGGUCGCUGAAGCCUACAAAAAUAUAGCAAAUCAAAUCGUGAGUAGACUCGAAGAACUUGAAAAGGAACGCAGUAUCAACUUUCCCGAGAUUCGAUUGUAACCAUACGAGUUUCUACUACUUUCUUAGAGGAUCAGAUGGAGUCAAUGCUCUUUAAAAAAGAUACGGUGCUGGCAUAUCCCACGGAAAGUUAGUCUUCUUAUGGGUGUUCUAAGGUAAGACACUAACAGUUGAUACUCUCAUGAAAAGAUGAAGAACUUUGAUUAAUAUUUGCCUUUUAUGCGAGGAGAGUGAUGAAAAUAGGGAUUAUUUGUUUCUCCAUUGUCGUUUUAUUUUUCAAAUAUUGUGUUGGUCGUUUAGAAAAAUGGGGAUUGGCGUUACUUUGCCAUGCUCCCACACAAAUGUUCUAGACCAUUUGAGUUGUGAUGGAUUGCCAAAAGUUGAAUGUAUGAUCCUACAUAUUGGAAGAACAAUUGUAUUCCGGGAGGUAUGGUUGGAAUGUAAUCAAAAGGCUUUUUGAAGGGGUGGUUAUGGAGGGUGAGAUGGUCUAAAGGAGAGUACAACAUACAAUGUGGAGUUGGUUCUCAAUAACAAAAGAAAGGUUCGAGAUCUCGAUAACAUGGAAGUAUAUCUUCCAAACCUUAUGGUGCAGGAAUUCAUAGAAAUUAGACCAAAAGGGCGAUGGGAAGUAUCAUGGGUUGGAAACUUGAAGUUGAACUUUGACGGAAGUUCAUUAGGAAACCCAUAGCCAGUUGGAGUUGGCUGGGGAGAUUGGUUUUUGUUAUGCGGGUCCGUGUGGGGAGAAAACAAAAAUGAAGUGGAGUUUGAUAAUUUUGAAGUAAAGGGAUGUGGUGGAAUCGUGCAUAAUCGAAGGAGAUUCUUUAAAUGUUAUUAACUAGUGUAACAAUGUCUCUAGAUCCCGUGGUGAUUGAGAACUCAAUGGAUGCUGUGAUCGAGAUUGUCAAUCAAUUGUAUGUCACCUAUAAGUAUAUUUAUAGAGAGGCUAAUGAAGUUGUUGAUUCUCUUGCAAGGGGAGUUUUGUUUUAAUCCCUUCAAGUUUCCGAUGCUUUAUUUGUAC